CAGGACAAAUACCCUAGAAACCAGUGGAGAAGAUGGUCCAGUGCUUGGCACCAUAUCAAGGACCAACCUUUGGCUUUAAAGGAGAUUGGGUUCCACCUGCUGCAUCAGAGUUGAGAAUACCCAAAUUAAAGAUUAUUUGAAAGGAAGGAUGAAUGGACGUACUUUGAAUGGCAUUGGUGACACCCCACAUAAAAUUCUUUGGACAAACAAUUUUGGAAACAAAACUUUUGAGGCAGAAGCCCAAGGCACACAUCUAAGCUUACCUCUUGUGGAUGGGCUGGAGGAACAGGAGCCAGGGCAAAUAAUAACCAUGGAGGAUAACCCUACUGUCAUUAAGAUGGACAGUCAUGAAGGAACCAGUUCAUCACAGCAAGGGAGAAGGUUGAUCGUCAGAGCCAUUGGCUACGUCACCGGAGAUAUGAGAGAAUACGCAGACUGGCUCAAAGACAAACCUGUCAUGCUUCAGUUCCUUGACUGGAUUCUUCGAGGCGUAUCCCAAGUGGUGUUCAUUAAUAACCCCAUCAGCGGGAUCAUCAUCAUAACUGGGCUGCUGGUCCAGAGUCCCUGGUUGACCCUCACAGGCUGCCUGGGAAAUACAGUGUCCACACUGACAGCCCUACUGCUCGGUCAAGACAGGUCAGCAAUUGCAGCUGGGCUUCACGGCUAUAAUGCCACCCUGGUAGGAAUACUUAUGGCUCUUUUCUCCUACAAGGGAGACUAUUACUGGUGGCUUCUAUUCCCUGUGAUUGUCAUGUCCAUGACAUGUCCAAUUUUUUCCAGUGCAUUGGGCUCCGUGUUCUGUAAAUGGGACCUCCCUGUCCUCACCCUACCUUUCAACAUGGUAUUAACAAUGUACUCGGCAGCCACUGGACCUAAAAACCCUUUCUUUCCCACCAAAUUAGCUACGACAUCUGUUCCCAAUGUUACCUGGUCUCAGAUCAAUGUCCCUGAGUUACUCAAAGCCAUCCCAGUGGGAGUUGGUCAGAUCUACGGUUGUGAUAAUCCUUGGACCGGCGGCAUUUUCCUAGUUGCCAUUCUCUUCUCCUCCCCGCUCAUGGGCUUGCAUGCAGCGAUUGGAUCGACAGUGGGGCUUAUAGCAGGGCUGACCCUUUCAGCUUCAUUUGAUGAUAUCUACGUUGGAUUAUGGGGCUUCAACAGCUCUCUGGCCUGCAUGGCAAUAGGAGGGAUGUUCAUGGCUCUCACUUGGCAAACUCAUCUCCUAUCUCUUGCCUGUGCUCUAUUUACUGCUUACCUGACCUCAGCGUUAACAAGCAUGAUGGCUGUGUUUGGUUUGUCAACGUGUACCUGGCCCUUCUGCUUGGCCACACUCAUAUUCCUCUUAGUGACAACGAAAAAUCACUCAAUCUACAAGCUGCCGCUCAACAAAGUAACUUACUCCGAGAAGAACCGCAUCUUCUACCUGACCGCAAAGAAAAAGUUAGCAGAAAGCCCUUUGUGAUGGAAAGACCAAGUCAAAGCCAACCUGUCUGAUUUUAAACCCAGAUGACACCAUCGACUUGUAGUAUCUGUGAAUUAAUAUCUUGUACUAUACUAGAAUCUUUCAAACUAACCAUACAGCAAUUACUACUCUUUAUUCUUGAUAAAAAAAAAAAUCCAUCUUUUUCACUUGCUUAUUUUCAUCUAAGAUAGCAGGUAACAUGCCCCAGCAAGUCACUACAUCUCUCUGGGCCUCAGUUUUCUCAUCUGUAAAAUGAGAAGGUUAGAAUACAUGUGACUUCUAUGUUCCCUUUCAGCUCCAAAUCCAAUAGGCUUAUACUCUGACACAAAGAAAGAGGCUAUGGAUUUGUAAAUACUUGAUUUGGAGGAGAGUUGGAGAAUUAAAGAAUGUAUUGGUGAUAGACUUUCAAAGCCCCCCAUUCACUAAAAGAGAAGAGGAAGUGAGUACAGAGGCUGCUGUUCUGUUGCUCUUUCCUGUGUGUGAUAGGAUGGUUGUGAUUAACAGAUGUAUAAAAGAUAUUAACAGUAUUAAAUAUUAAGUGCUAUGCCUAACUGGCCUUCAGUCAAUAGAGCCCAAAGCAGCAGACAGCCCAAAGGUCAUCUCAAAUAGAAAGGAAGAUGUUUAAAACAUUCAAUGCUGGCUACACUAUGAAGUCUAACAUUGUGAGCAUGGCUAGGUGAAUAGUCACAGCAGCUAGAGUCUCCACGUAAUAAUAAAAAGUUAAGUUUUUGUCCAUUGUUGUUUUAUGUUCUCCUAGUUACAGGGCUCCUUGGCCUUGGGUUGGGUUGGGUUGUUUUCUCCCUCAGCACUGACAGUGAAGUAGGAGGGAGACAGGAUAUGAUUAAUAUCUGUCCUGCACUUGUUGAGGUCUAGCAAUGACUUCAAAAACACCGUCUCCUGAGAAUAGAGUUAUUUUGAAGAGAAUAAAAUGAAUGAACCUCUCUUCUCAGCUUCACCACCUCAUUAAAUUUACAGAAAAGUUACAUAUUGAUUGAACUAGCCUUUGAAAUACUUGGCAGAGACAAUUUACUUUAAAUUAAUAAAAAUUAUUUUGAAUAUACCAUGAAUAUUAGUAAAAGGAAAUUGGUUGUUAAUCCUUUGGCAAUUUACAGUCACAUUUUUCAGA